CAUGAUGAAAGGUGUUAGUAGAUGUGAAGUGGGAAAAAGUGGGAGAGAGCAUAGAGAAUGUGCAACGUGUAAAUGUAGGAUUGGUUGGAACACAGAAAGGGUAACCAUGGAUUGGAGAGUUUGGACAGGAGAACGCUGCACUUGCAAAUCUCGAUUUCAUUUUGCGGAAUCACUUUCAGGAUUCUCACUCUCACUGCACCAAAACAAAGACAUUCAUAACUGUACACAUUUGAUUUCUUUUCAAACAAGACCCAAUGGCUCAUCCAAGAGUCAACCUCUUCUUCCUCCUAUGCCUUAUUAUUUGCUAUUCUCUCUACGCCAUUGCGGGAAAGAGCUAUUACGACGUACUUCAAGUCCCGAAAAGCGCUUCGGACGAGCAGAUAAAGAGGGCGUAUAGGAAACUCGCGUUGAAGUACCAUCCCGAUAAGAACCCUGGCAAUCAAGAAGCUAAUAAGAGAUUUGCGGAAAUUAACAAUGCGUAUGAAGUUCUCUCCGAUAGCGAGAAGAGAAGCAUUUACGAUAAGUAUGGGGAAGAAGGUUUGAAACAGCAUGCUGCUGGAGGAGGCGGUGGAAUGGGAAUGAACUUCCAAGAUAUUUUCAGUUCUUUCUUCGGGGGAGGUCCAGUGGAAGAGGAAGAGAGAAUUGUGAAAGGUGAUGACGUGGUUGUUGAAUUGGAUGCGACACUGGAAGAUUUGUACAUGGGAGGUUCCUUGAAGGUUUGGAGGGAGAAAAAUGUUUUAAAGCCCGCACCUGGAAAGAGACGCUGUAACUGUAGAAAUGAGGUUUAUCACAAGCAAAUAGGUCCCGGGAUGUUUCAACAGAUGACAGAGCAGGUCUGUGAGCAAUGUCCCAAUGUUAAGUAUGAAAGAGAUGGUUAUUUCAUCACUGUUGAUAUUGAGAAAGGCAUGGAAGAUGGACAGGAAGUGCGAUUUUAUGAGGAUGGUGAGCCCAUAAUUGAUGGAGAGUCCGGAGAUCUAAGGUUUCGUAUCCGUACAGCACCACAUGAGCUCUUCAGAAGGGAAGGCAAUGACUUGCACACCACUGUCACUAUAACUCUGGUUCAAGCACUUGUUGGCUUUGAAAAGACUAUUAAACACCUAGAUGAGCAUCUGGUGGACAUAAGCUCGAAGGGAAUCACAAACCCAAAGCAAGUGAGGAAGUUCAAAAGCGAGGGCAUGCUACUGCAUAUGAGCACAAAGAAAGGAGAUCUUUAUGUCACAUUUGAGGUUCUAUUCCCCACCUCACUAACGGAGGAGCAGAAAACGAAUAUAAAAGCCAUUCUUGAUUAGAAUAUAGGAUACAUUUUAUUUCUCCUAUUAUGUCCUCAAUGUAACAUGAUUAGGUGCUUCGGUAUAAGUAAACCUUGAUUAUCCAGGCCUGUCCCCCGAUUUUGUUAGUUAACAAAUAGGUAGGUUUUCCUCACACAAAGAUGAGGAAGCUAAUCCUCGACCCUGUGAAUUCCAGUGCCUUCAUGGCACGCUAUUCUUUUUAGUAACGAUGCAAUGAAAAUUAAAUUGUAACACGAGCUGAGAAGACAUGCUUACAUUGGAUUGAAUUUAUGCCAUAUCGGAAAUGAUUAUAGAG